UUUGUUAUCAUUUUGACUAAAGUUGUACCGGAAGUGGGUGUUAGUCCAUCAUUGGGGAGAUUACCGUUUCUCCCCUCGGACCUUUUGUCACCGGGAGGAUUUUUAUUGGGUCACAACACGUCUGCGGAUUACAUUUCGGAGUAGUGAAAUGCUUAUAGAGUAGCAGAGGCCUAAGUCAUCCUCAAUCAAGAUGAUCGGAGGCCUCUUCGUGUAUAACCACAAAGGAGAGGUGCUGAUCUCGCGGGUCUACCGUGAUGACAUCGGUAGAAACGCUGUGGAUGCAUUUCGAGUGAAUGUCAUCCACGCGAGACAGCAAGUUAGAUCGCCAGUGACGAAUAUCGCUAGAACAUCGUUCUUCCACAUAAAAAGGGCUAAUAUAUGGCUGGCAGCUGUCACCAAGCAGAAUGUGAACGCUGCCAUGGUCUUCGAGUUCUUACUGAAGAUCAAUGAUGUCAUGCAGUCCUAUUUUGGCAAGAUAUCGGAAGAGAACAUCAAGAACAACUUCGUGUUGAUUUAUGAGUUACUCGAUGAGAUUUUGGACUUCGGGUAUCCCCAGAAUUGUGACACUGGAGUCCUGAAGACGUUCAUCACCCAGCAGGGGGUAAAAUCAGCUACUAAGGAAGAACAAGCCCAAAUAACGUCUCAAGUGACUGGGCAAAUUGGUUGGCGCAGGGAGGGGAUUAAAUAUCGUCGUAACGAGCUCUUCCUCGAUGUUCUUGAGUAUGUCAACCUGCUGAUGAGCCCUCAAGGGCAAGUCUUGAGCGCACACGUAGCGGGAAAGGUUGUUAUGAAGUCAUAUCUGUCAGGAAUGCCAGAGUGUAAAUUUGGUAUCAACGACAAGAUCGUUAUGGAGGCUAGGGGAAUGAAAGGUGCAGGGAGUCUAGGAGGUGGUGACGAUCCAACUGGCGCUAGAUCUGGCAAACCAGUGGUCGUUAUUGAUGAUUGUCAAUUUCAUCAGUGUGUCAAGCUAUCGAAAUUCGAAACUGAACAUUCCAUUAGCUUCAUACCACCCGAUGGUGAAUUUGAAUUGAUGAGAUAUCGCACAACGAAGGAUAUAUCACUGCCAUUUCGCUUGAUUCCCCUGGUUCGCGAGGUCGGACGUACAAAAAUGGAGGUCAAAGCUGUACUAAAAUCCAACUUCAAGCCCUCCCUCCUGGGCCAGAAGAUCGAGGUGCGCGUGCCAACGCCCCUGAAUACAGCUGGUGUCCAACUGAUCUGUCUGAAGGGCAAAGCAAAGUACAAAGCGUCUGAGAACGCCAUUGUCUGGAAGAUAAAACGAAUGGCGGGCAUGAAGGAGACUCAGCUGUCAGCUGAAAUUGAUCUUCUCGAGACUGACACCAAGAAAAAAUGGACACGACCACCAAUUUCCAUGAACUUCGAGGUACCCUUUGCGCCGUCUGGCUUUAAAGUUCGCUAUUUGAAGGUGUUUGAAUCGAAACUCAAUUACUCCGAUCACGAUGUCAUUAAAUGGGUUAGAUACAUUGGACGCAGUGGCCUCUACGAGACGAGAUGCUAAUGAAUGAGUUAAUUAUUGGAAAAUAAUUGAUUCAUUUUGCUGGUCAAGGGAAGUAAUUAGUUGCAGAUAACAACAAUUUGGUAAUUGAUUCAUUAAUCAGUUCAUUGAUUGAAGGAUUUAAUAUUAAUUGAUUGAUUAAUUUUUGUUUAAUCUGAACAAUUGGGCACAAAAGUUAUCUCUAUUCGCAAAUAUUCGGACAAUUAUAGAAAUAUUUCUACCAUUCAAGAAAUCCAAUUAAUCGCGGGAAACAUCAAGUUGUUUGUUGAUUAAUUCAUUCAUUGAUCAAUUUAUCAAUUAAAACCCAAAUUAAUAGAUCGAUUGUUCUUAAGAUAAAAAUUGGUCAGUCAUUUUUUAAUUUGUGAAUGAAUGAAUUAAUUGAUCAGUUAAUUCAUCAAUGUAACAUGGAAAUCAAUUGAUUAAUGAGUUGGUUAAUUGGGAUUGAUCAGCUAGAAGGGAUCUUGAUGAAAAUAAGCAUUCUUCAGAAUAACUCGAUGCCAAAGAGUUUAUCAUUUACUAAAAUUAAUGAAUAUCCCAGGGCAGAGCCAGUGCUGAUUCUGCUGUGUUAACAUAAUGAGAGGAGGUUAAUGGAUAAUGCAAGGGGGUUACCAUGACAAGUCUCUUAACAUCUUUUUGUUUUUUUAAACUGAAUGCAACUCUUUGGUACCAGUGUUACUGGAUUACUAUUGACGAAUAAUUGUUGGGGUUUACUUGGAGAAGAUGAGAGUAAUUGUGGAUAAUGUAAUGAAAAUCGUAGAUACUAUGAUUGAUGUUGAUAUUCAUUGUAUUAAAAUGGCGGAUGAAAUUAUUGAUGAAUUAUUGAUUUUGUCUGUACGCUUCGAAUCACAUAUUGAAUCUCGAAAUAUAUGUAUAAAUGAGAAAUAA